GUUGAAGGAUCAUCUGAAGUACAGAAGGACUUCGAGUCAAGCUGUGCGCGUGACGUAACUCUUGUGCAGCAUGGAGGGUGGCAAAAGCAGAUUUUGCGGUCCAAUGGCUUCCAUGAAGCCGUCGACAAGUACGUGCAGGCGGAGCACAAAAGGAACCAAGCUGCAGCAACGGCAGCAGCUGCAAGUUUGCACAUGGCCAAGCAGAGCUGCGAACUCCUGACCAG